CGAGAGCAGAACCGUCUUGUAACGUCAAGCGUGCCAACUGUCGUGAAAGCACAUUGACGCAGAAAGAAGCCAGAAGAACGCUAAUAAGUCAGUCUUAUUAUUUGUUCUCCAGUUUGAAAUAUUUACGUCGUAUAAAAUACAUCUUUGAUUCUUUAAUUCAGGGUAAAAUUGUCUCGAUGUGCUAGAAGCACUUUGCUGGAUCUCGUGCUCGUUUAUUGUUCGUUAGCUUAGCUCGCUAGUUAGCUUAGCUUGUUAGCUGCUAACAGAAGUUAUCAACACAUCGCUAAGUAGAGUAAAGUGUUGUGAUUGUGUGAAAAUGUCUACAUUACACAUGUUGAGAGCGUUGGUGGAUCAGCGACUAACUGCUGCCGUUGAAGAAAUAUUUGUAGUUUUAGAAAGAACGAUAGCAGUAUACGAGGCGGAACUUUCUAGAACAAAAGAGGAGAACUAUCAACUACUGGACGCUGUUUUCAAGAAAUAUCAAGUUGUGUUACACAGAACAGACGUCCAGCAGCCCCCUCACAUUAAAUAUGAUGAGGAGGAUCCACAGCCCCCCCACAUGAAAGAGGAAGAGAAGGAAGUGUGGAUCAGUCAGGAGGGAAAGUGUGUUGUAGGGCAGGAGGAGGAUGAUGUCAGCAAGUUUCCACUGACUGUUGUCUCUGUGAAGACUGAAGAGCAUGAAGACAAAGCACCUGAGUCCUCACAGCUUCAUCACAGUCCAAACGUCCAGCGGGUGUCAGCGGGGAGUCAUGAAGAGGAGUGGCACACCAGUGUGGGACAGAAGGAGCUACAGGCCCCCUCCCACAUUAAAGAGGAGCAGCUUCAUGAUGAAGAUGAAGCUCAGUCCUUACAGCUUCAUCACAGUCAAAGUGAGGAGAACAGAGGGGCGGAGCUUGUAAGUCAACACAUCACAGAAGCUGAUGGAGAGCAUUGUGAAGAUAUAAAGUCAGAACCAGACAGCAUCUUUGCUCCACUGUCAGACAUGGACCACAUGAUGUCACACUCUUCUGAUCACAGUGACCACAUCCAAAAACCUUUGGAGAGUAAAAAUGACUCGAAAGGUGAUACGAGACAUCACACUAACAACAAACACUUUGACUGCUCUGAAUGUGGGAAAUAUUUUAAAAAGAAGAGUAAUUUUACAGAACACAUGAGAAAACAUACUGGAGAGAAACCUUUUAGUUGCUCUGUUUGUAAGAAGAGUUUCUCCAGAAAGUUUGACAAGACCACACACAUGAGAACACACACUGGAGAGAAACCUUUUAGUUGCUCAGGUUGUGCUAAAAGAUUCAACACUAAGAAAGACAUGACCAGACACAUGAGAACACACACAGGUGAGAAACCUUUUACUUGCUCUGUUUGUAAGAAGAGUUUCUCCACAAAGGAACACAUGACCAGACACAUGAGAACACACACUGGAGAGAAACCUUUACUUGCUCUGUUUGUAAGAGGAGUUUCUCCACAAAGCAAGUCAUGACCACACACAUGAGAACACACACUGGAGAGAAACCGUUUAUUUACACUGUGUGUGAUAAGAUGUUCAUGUUUAAGUAACAGGUCAGUAAACGCAAGUGUGUAACAGUCAUGGAAGCUGCAGGGAUUUAAAAACACUUAUUUUUUUAUUUUAUUUUAUUUUAUUUGUAUUUAUUUUAUUUUUUAUUUUAUUUUAAUAUUUGAUGUUGUAUGUAGUGCUUCUCAUCUUCUAGUCUUAUAUGUUGUCCUGUACUUACUUUUUAAGUUGUGUGCAUGUAUUGAAUAUUAUAUAUGUAGCUACUAUAUUAUUCUAUUUUCUCAUUGUUAAAGAAAGGACAUCUUAUUAUUUUCAUUUUUUUUUCACACAUUUUUCCAUUGCAUUUUAUUGAUGUUAUUGUCCAAUUAAAAGUAUGAAUGAAUAAAAUGGUUUACAAAAUGUGGACUCUGGUAGAUUAGCAGCAUUGUUACAUCAUGGAUGUUAACUACUGCAAAACAUCAACAAAGAAGAAAAAUGCUGAACUUUAGAGCCAU